AUGAAGUUUUGUGACAUAUUCGCCUGCUUCCAUGAGAAUAUGCUUUUGCAUUUUAAACUACGAAGGAAAGAGCUGCUAGCGUUUAAACAACAGGCUGGACUGAUGAAGGAGUUCGUGAACAUGUGCCCACAGGACGAUGUGAAAGAAAUCAAGGACAUUUUGGAUAUGGACUUCAUCAACGAACAACUUUGCAAGCUUUGCAAACAGGGGGUGCGUGAAAAUAAAAAAGAAAAUGGGGAAUAUAUUCCAGAAGUGAUAGCCUUUAGCAAAUUUCAACCUGUUUUGAAUAUCUUAGGCCAAUUUUCAGAAUGCAAAAAUAGUUACCUUUUCAAGAAGUAUUGGGAACAACGUCGAAUGUAUUUAAAUACAAGCGGACUUUCAAUGGAUAACAUCAUAACUAAUGUAUGGAAUCCUGUAAUUGAAACGUGGCUUUCGUUUCGGGAAAAAUUGAGAUUCGGGAAACACUUGUUUUGUAACUUUACAAACGAAAUCGGAUAUAUGUUUGAAAACGACGAUGAAGGCCUUAGGCGUGAAAUAAUGCUAUUCGGAAUAGAUAACACUACUGCCUGGAAUAUUGUUGAGUGCUAUAAGCAUCUGAAAAAGAUUCAGUCCAGCAUUUUUAAUGCUUCGCUUUUAUUAGAAAUUAAAAACGAAUUUUCUCUGCCAGGUGAUUUUUCAACCAUUGAAGAAAUUUCUAAAUUUGCAACAUUGGAUUUUGAACUUAAAAAACAUUUCGAUGAAAACAUUGUGAAAUCAUGCACAGACCUGAUAGAACUUACCACCAAGGAGACAGAGUGUUUAAAUGUGUUUGUACAUAGUAAACCGCUUAUAAAAUGGCUGCAAGAGUCAAUGUCUACAGCUGGACAAAAGGAACUCAAAGUCUUCACUGACUUGGCAAUGAUGUCGGCCGGUGACGAGCCGAUUAACAUUUGGAAAGUGCAGUGUCUACAUUCAGCCGUCAUGGGUUAUUCACCGCUUAUAUUCGAGUUGCAGAAUUGUAACGGAUACAUGCAAUUGCUCAACAGAUGUAAAUCAGUGUUUAAAGAAUUAAAGAUCAACCCAGUAUUACCAAAACAAAUGAUUGAUACCAACGCCCAACUGGAAUGGCUCAAAGAAAUAAAAAAGGCGCAUGGAUCUGUUGAAGUCACGUCUUUGAUGCUGGCACAGGCAAUAAACUCUGAUGGGAUGUAUAUGAUUGGCAUUGCCGACGGAGGCUACCAAGGCAAAGAUAUAAUGGGAAACGAUGCACUGAGUCUAAUCGUACCGGAAAAGGAUGGUGAACAGCAGCUCAGAAGCUAUACUCUUUCUGAAGUACAAGAUCUCCACAGCAGACUCAUGCUUGUAUCUGGAAAAAAUACUGCAGCUACAGUCGACAAAGAGGUUGACGUUGAAAUGUUUACUUUGAUUUUCGACAGCGUUUCGCGAGUAGGAAACGUUUACCAAAAAUUGUGUGAAUCUGGCUGUGUUCUGUUCUACAACUUUAAAGCAGAAUUUAUGUGCAACACUACAUGGUCUUCGCGUCCAGUAUGUGUUAAAAUUGAAUUCAGUGACAGAAAUGACACCCUUAUAUUGAAAGGUCGACAGUCUGAAAAAGAAAGUCUAAAAGAGAUCAUUCCUGAAAUAGUCAAAUACAUGGAAAAUUGUUUACAAGAAUGGUUACAGUACAUCAAGUCGAAGCGAGCAGAAUAUAUUUAUCUAAACUACUUUACUAUUGAACAACUAAUUAUUCUACAAAGGGAACUUGUUAAAAUAGAAGGAACAAUGUCGAAUUACGUGUACCUACUUCUGUCGGCUGUAAGGAAAGCAUGUGCACCAGGCAAGUGA